AUGAUGAAUCAAUUCUCACAUAGUGGACGGUUGCUGGGCGCUUGCUGUCUGGCCCUCCAGAUCGCGCUAUGUCUAGCUGGCUGUGGCGGCCGCCUCCCGCCGUUGCUUGACGCCACCCUCGAUGACCUGCGCCGGGGACUCGAUGGAGGCAACUUCUCCAGUGUUGACCUGACAAAGGCCUAUAUCGCUCGAAUCAACGAGGUCAAUGAACAGCUGCAUGCUGUCAACGAGAUCAACCCCGAUGCCUUGACAAUUGCUGCCGAGCGGGACAAGGAGCGGUGUCAAGGCAAGGUUGGCCCUCUACACGGCAUUCCCAUACUUAUCAAAGACAACAUUGCGACCAACGACAAGAUGAACAACACCGCGGGCUCGUUUGCCUUGCUUGGUGCUAAAGUCCCAGAGGACAGCACUGUCGCUGCUAAGCUACGCAAGGCCGGUGCCAUUAUUCUUGGCAAGGCGAACCUGUCUCAGUGGGCCAACUUUCGCAGUGACAAUGGCAGCUCAGGUUGGUCUUCAAUUGGGGGCCAGGCGACUGGAGCCUACUUCCCUGGUCAGGAUCCUUCUGGUUCGUCUUCGGGGAGCGGUGUCUCGUCUUCAGUUGGCCUGGCCUGGGCUUGCCUCGGCACUGAGACUGAUGGCUCCAUCAUCUCGCCCUCCCAAGAGAACAAUCUUGUCGGUAUCAAACCCUCUGUCGGCCUGACAUCGCGAUAUCUUGUAGUGCCCAUUUCAGAGCACCAAGACACUGUUGGACCGAUGGCGAGAACGGUCAAGGACGCUGCGCACCUGCUCAGCGCUAUUGCCGGUAAGGACAGCAACGACAACUAUACAUCCGCCAUCCCCUUUGGUGACAAGGUCCCCGAUUACGUGGCGGCCUGCAAAAAGUCUGGGCUAAAGGGCAAGCGAAUUGGUAUACCGCAGGGGUUGACGAAAGGCGAGUCGGGGUACCCUGCACCUGUUGAAAAGACCUUCCGCGAGACAGUUGAGCUUUUGCGGUCUAGCGGCGCCGUCAUAGUCGACAACAUCGAGUUCCCUGGGCUUGAGCAGCUCGGGCCCUCCAACGAGAUUGUCCUGAAGGCUGACUUCGUCAGCGGCUUGCCGGAGCUGUACCUGAAAAAGCUUGUCGCAAACCCGAACAACAUCACUUCCCUCGCCGAUCUACAAGCGUUUACGCACAAGGACCCAAGAGAGGAUUGGCCGGAGCGAGAUACCGGUGUUUGGGACUCGGCGUUGAAGCUGGGAUUCGGCAACGACUCGCCGCAGUUUCGGGAGGCAUUUCAGAAGCAGCUGAACUUUGGCGGAGAGCAGGGUCUGGCUGGUGCUUUGAAGAACAACUCGCUGGAUGCCAUCUUUGCGCCUUCAGAUUUCGUGUCGUCCAUGGCCGCUCCUCUAGGUAACCCCGUCGUCACGGUGCCGAUUGGUCGCAUGCCUGAUGACACGCCUGUGACACGUAACGGCUUUGGAAAUUUGAAUGCGACGGGCCCAAAUCAACCGUUUGGCGUUGGGUUUGCCGGAGCUCAUUUUAGCGAGGAAGCUCUCAUCGGCAUGGCGUACGCCCUGGAGCAGCAAACACACGUCCGCACAAAGAUUCAUCCGAAAGUCGUCCCCAGGACGGAGCUGCAGGACGUAUUGGGAAAGUGA